AGAAUUAAUUGUUAUAACUGCUUUUUAUCUCCCUAUUCAAAAUUCUUGGGAUAGGUAUAAUCGAUUUUGAAGUGGUAAGGCAGUGGUCUUUUGUGCGCAUCUUUCGUUAAUUGUACGUUGCCUUUGAUAAAGAUAUUCUUAUUUUGAAAAGAAAACAUGGAAUCUGCUAUUGUACAUCUUGAACAAAGCGUUCAAAAGGCUGAUGGAAAAUUAGAUAUGAUUGCUUGGCAAAUAGAUGCCUUUGAGAAAGAAUUCGAAGAUCCAGAUAAUGAGAUAUCUGUAGUUCGUUUAUUACGUUCUGUACAUCAAGUUACAAAAGAUUAUCAAAAUCUUCGUCAAGAAAUUUUAGAAGUUCAACAGUUACAAAAACAACUUUCUGAUUCACUCAAGGCUCAGCUAUCUCAAGUACAUGGUAAUUUCAAUUUACUUCGUAACAAAAUUGUGGGACAGAAGACAUCUCAGUUAAAGUAAGAAAAAAAAUUAUGGAACAAUUAUUGUUUUCUUAUUAUUUCUUAUUAUUUAGAAAUAAUUGGCAAAUGAUUUUAUUUCACUUAGAUUCUAUGUUCUAUAUUUUCUUAAGUAUAUCUCUUAAGUAUAUUUAUCUGAAAUAAGUUCUAUAUCUAAGAACUUAAAUUUACUUAUGUAACGUCAUUCAUUUGUUUAUCAAUUUUUAUUUCCUUCAAAGUUCAUAUUCUGUAUUCUGUAAAUUUGAAUAUGAAUAUGAUUAAUAUCUUUUAGAAUAAAUACUAUUUGUUUAGAUUUUUCAACUUUAUAAUAUAUAAAGUGUCACCAAUAAGUAGUCAUUCCUUCAAAAAAUUAGUAAAAAUUUAUAUAAUUAGAAGAAUAAAAGUGAUAUAAAAUACUUUUAUUUUAAUUACUUUAACAUAUCUUACAUUUCUCUUUUUUUCAAUUUUUCUUUCAAUUAUAUUUGCUUUCUAAUAAUCUUAUAUUAUUGUAUCUAAUUUUUCUGUCUUCUAAUUUUACAUAUCACUUUUAUUCUGAACAUUUCAUACACAAUAAUUAAAAUAUGAAGGAUAAGAAUAUGUAAAUUUAUUAAUCUGACAAGUCUCUUCUCUAAUAACUCUUCAAAGCACUAUUUAAAUUUCAAUAAUUGGUUUAUGAAUAAGAUGGGAUCAAGUGUUUUACUGACAAAUAAAUGAUGUAAUACGUGCCAUAAAUUUAUGGCAUUGGGGCCAAUCUAUAUGCUCGUGCAUUCAAGUUUAAAAGGUCUUUAAUAAAAUAUUAAUAGUA